GGCUCCCGCACCCAUUUGCUAUCACCGUGUUUGAGGACAGUUUGUACUGGACAGACUGGCACACCAAGAGCAUCAAUAGUGCCAACAAAUUCACAGGCAAGAACCAGGAGAUCAUCCGCAACAAACUCCACUUCCCUAUGGACAUCCACACACUGCAUCCUCAGCGCCAGCCAGCAGGGAGAAACCGUUGUGGGACCAACAACGGGGGCUGUACUCACCUCUGCCUGCCAAGCAGCAAGGAUUACACCUGCGCCUGUCCCACAGGUUUCCGCAAGACCAGCAGCCAUGCCUGUGCCCAGAGUCUUGACAAGUUCCUGCUUUUUGCCCGAAGGAUGGACAUCCGUCGGAUCAGCUUUGACACAGAUGACCUGUCAGAUGAUGUCAUCCCCCUUGCUGAUGUCCGUAGUGCUGUGGCUCUAGACUGGGACUCAAAGGAUGACUAUGUCUACUGGACAGAUGUUAGCACCGACUCAAUCAGCAGAGCAAAAUGGGAUGGAUCGAGCCAGAAGGUUGUAGUGGACACCAGCCUGGAAAGUCCAGCUGGACUGGCAAUUGACUGGGUCACCAACAAGCUAUACUGGACUGAUGCAGGAACAGAUCGGAUAGAGGUCUCCAACACAGAUGGGACCAUGAGAACUGUUCUAAUCUGGGAGAAUCUAGACAGACCUAGAGAUAUCGUGGUGGACCCUGUUGGAGGGUUCAUGUACUGGACUGACUGGGGAGCCAGCCCAAAAAUUGAGCGUGCUGGUAUGGAUGCCUCAAAUCGCUUGGUAAUCAUUUCCUCCAACCUGACAUGGCCUAAUGGCUUGGCAAUUGACUAUGAGUCACAGCGCUUGUACUGGGCAGACGCAGGAAUGAAGACCAUCGAGUAUGCCAGUCUGGAUGGAAGCAACAGGAAGGUGCUGAUUGGGAGCAAUCUGCCUCACCCAUUUGGACUUACUCUUUAUGGCGAGAGAAUCUACUGGACAGACUGGCAGGCCAAAAGCAUCCAGAGCGCAGAUAGAAGGACUGGGCAGGCUCGGGAAACGCUGCAGGACAAUCUGGAGAAUCUUAUGGAUAUUCAUGUUUUCCACCGGCACAGGCCACAAGUACAUACAGCAUGUGAAGUUAGCAAUGGAGGCUGCAGUCACCUGUGCCUUUUGUCACCUCUUCCAAAAGCUUACAGCUGUACCUGCCCUACUGGGAUCAACCUGCAAUCUGAUGCCAAGACUUGCUCCCCUGGAAUGACCAGCUUUCUGAUCUUUGCCAGAAGGACGGACAUCCGGAUGGUCUCUCUAGAUAUUCCCUACUUUGCAGAUGUUGUCGUCUCAGUCAAUGUCACCAUGAAGAACACCAUUGCAAUUGGAGUAGAUCCUCAUGAAGAAAAGGUUUACUGGUCAGACAGCACUCUGCGGAAAAUCAGCCGGGCUGCCCUUGAUGGCUCACAAUUUGAGGACAUCAUCACCACAGGUCUGUUGACUACAGAUGGGCUGGCUGUGGAUGCUAUUGGCAGGAAGUUAUAUUGGACAGAUACAGGAACAAACCGAAUUGAAGUGGGCAACCUCAAUGGCUCCAUGAGGAAAGUCUUGGUCUGGCAGAACCUGGACAGCCCUCGGGCAAUAGCUUUAUACCAUGAGAUGGGGUAUAUGUACUGGACAGACUGGGGUGAGAAUGCCAAGCUGGAACGCUCUGGGAUGGAUGGUUCUGGACGUGCGGUGUUGAUCAGCAACAACCUGGGCUGGCCUAAUGGACUGGCAGUGGAUAAGGCUGGGUCCCAGCUGCUCUGGGCUGAUGCACACACUGAGCGGAUUGAGGCUGCAGAUCUCAAUGGUGCUAACCGCCGCACCCUGCUGUCUCCAGUGCAACAUCCCUAUGGCCUCACUUUGCUGGACUCUUACAUCUACUGGACUGACUGGCAAACUCGCAGCAUUCACAGGGCUGACAAGGACACUGGUGCCAAUGUCAUCUUGGUGCGGGCAAACCUGCCUGGCCUCAUGGACAUUCAAGCUGUUGAUAGGGCACGGCCCCUGGGCUUCAAUAAAUGUGGGGUUCGUAAUGGUGGCUGCUCCCACCUUUGCUUGCCUCACCCCACUGGCUUCUCCUGUGCCUGCCCCACUGGCAUCCAGCUGAAGAGAGAUGAGCAGACAUGUGACUCUUCUCCAGAGACCUACCUACUCUUCUCUAGCCGCGCUUCCAUCCGCCGAAUAUCACUGGACACCAGUGACCACACAGAUGUGCACAUACCUGUCCCCGAGCUGAACAAUGUAAUUUCUCUGGACUAUGAUAGUGUGGAUGGCAAGAUUUACUACACAGAUGUAUUUCUUGAUGUCAUCAGGCGAUCUGAUCUGAAUGGCAGCAACAUGGAAACUGUUAUUGGUCAGGGUCUGAAGACUACAGAUGGCCUGGCAGUGGACUGGGUUGCCAGGAACCUCUACUGGACAGACACAGGACGCAAUACCAUAGAAGUAGCUAGACUGGAUGGAAGCUCCAGGAAAGUGCUGAUCAAUAACAGCCUGGAUGAGCCCCGAGCCAUUGCUGUCUUUCCCAAGAAGGGGUACCUCUUCUGGACAGAUUGGGGUCACAUUGCUAAAAUUGAACGGGCAAACUUGGAUGGCUCUGAACGUAAAAUCCUGAUUAACACUGACCUAGGAUGGCCUAAUGGAUUGACUUUGGAUUAUGACACCAGGAGGAUUUACUGGGUGGAUGCUCAUCUUGAUCGUAUAGAGAGUUGUGAUCUCAAUGGGAAGCUACGGCAAGUGUUGGUCAGCCAGGUGUCACAUCCCUUUGCUCUGACACAGCAGGAUAGGUGGAUAUACUGGACUGACUGGCAAACCAAAUCUAUCCAGAGAGUAGACAAAUACUCUGGGCGGAACAAAGAGACAGUCCUAGCCAAUGUUGAGGGACUGAUGGAUAUCAUUGUGGUUUCCUCUCAGAGACAAACAGGUACUAAUGCUUGCGGAGUGAACAAUGGAGGCUGCACUCACCUCUGCUUUGCCAGGGCUUCUGACUUUGUCUGCGCAUGUCCAGAUGAACCAGAUGGGCAGCCCUGUUCUACUAUUCCUGGUGUGGUGCCUCCUGGUCCUGAACCCACCAGUGUAAGUGAAAGAAGUCAGACGCCACCUGGCAGAGUAGGUACCUCAACAACCAAACCUCUCACAUCUCUGGAAGCAGUAGAAGGAAACUGCUCUGACAAAGAUGCUAGGCGAGGUUUGUGUACCCAUGCCAAUGAGGCAGUGCUGGCAACCAUGGGAGAAGGACUGCAUGUCAGCUACAUUAUUGGAGGUCUUCUCAGCAUCUUGUUUAUUUUGCUGCUUAUUGCUGCUUUAAUCAUAUAUAGGCAUAAUAAGUCCAAGUUCACGGAUCCUGGCUUGGGGAACCUCACCUACAGUAAUCCCUCAUAUCGGACAUCUACCCAGGAGGUGAAGAUUGAAGCAAUUCCCAAACCAACCAUGUACAACCAGUUGUGUUAUAAGAAGGAGACUGGUCCUGACCACAGCUACAACAAGGAGAAGAUCAAGAUUGUGGAGGGGAUAUGCCUUUUAUCCAGUGAUGAUUCCGAAUGGGAUGACCUUAAGCAGAUUCGGAGCUCCCGAGGAGGGAUCCUCCGGGACCAUGUCUGCAUGAAGACAGACACAGUCUCUAUCCAGGCUAGCUCUGGUUCACUGGAUGACACUGAAACUGAGCAGCUGCUACAGGAAGAACAGUCUGAAUGCAGCAGUGUUAACACAGCAGCAGCCACUCCUGAACGGCGUGGCUCACUCCCAGACACAGGCUGGAAACACCAACGCAAGCCCUCCACAGAGAGCGAGGUCUAAAGUACACGUGACUGGAAAUGCUCAUACCCUCCCUAGCCUCUGUUCUGCACAAAAAACAAGACAGGAGACUGCCUGCUAGGCAAGGAAGGGCACAGAGACCAGCCUCUCUUGUGAGGGGCCCAGAGACUGACUGCCAUUCAGCAAGGAGCUUGGGCAGCUGUGCUGUUGUGGGAGGAUGGAUGGGUUGGAACCUAGAGAUCUUUUUGUCUCAUUUUCACUGUCUGUGGUUUAUUUAUAUGUUUCCUUUUCCUGGAAGCUGCCACAUUAACACUUGUAGUGACUCCUCU